AUGACGGAAUUACGAUCGGAAAUGCAGCAAUGGUGCGGCUCUAGUCCAGAGAAUUCGAUGUCGCACUGCGGUGACAUCGACGUGCUCGACGAUUCUUACUCCGAGUCGGAAUCCAACAACGAUAACAACGUCCACGUCACGACGACGACGAGGACCAAAGACAGUGAAAUUUUGAAGAACACAUCGACGACCUUCACCAUCGAGAGUAUAUUGAAUCGCGACUGUGAGAAAAAACGUGAAAAUUCAGUUGGCUCGUGCAGCGAUGGUCAUUUCAGCGCUUCACCGAACGCCGUAUCGUAUUCCGCGCUCAACGUCAAUUCGUCCCAGAACAGCAGCUCGGUCGAUUCCACCACGGUUUACACUACAGCCUCGUUGGCCUCGGCCAGCGUGCUCUACAACAGCUGGCUCGUCCAGACCAAACCUGGACAAUUUUUUGGAUUGCAAGCACCUAAGCCGAGCGGAAGGCGUACGCGGAAACCGGGCAUCGAUAGAAAGCCGAGGCAGGCCUACAGCGUCAAGCAAUUGGACAGGCUCGAAGACGAAUUCAAGAUCGACAAAUACUUGAGCGUGAGCAAACGCCUCGAGCUUUCCAAGUGUCUCGGUCUAACAGAGGUGCAGAUCAAGACCUGGUUCCAGAAUCGACGCACCAAGUGGAAGAAGCAGCUGACGACGCGACUGAAAUUGGCCCACCGUCAGGGUUGGCUCGCGCCCCAUCAAGCACCGACCAAUGCAGCCGCAGCCGUCGCCGCCGCCGCCGCUGCAGCCCAUCAUGCCGCUUAUUUUCCCGUCACCGCCGCCUCGGCUCAUCAAUACUCGACUCUGCUGCCGUAUUACGUUGCCAGCGCGGCGGCGGCGGCGGCGACGUCGUCAUCGUCGCCGUUCGUUUUCGCGCCGCAACCAGACGACGCGAAGGAGUUAAAUUAA